UCUAGAAUGGGAUCAAGAGUUCGUCUGCCUGCUCAUGCUGGCUAAAGUCUUCUCGCGUCUUCAAGGUCGUGUCACUCGGCUCCGUCAAGACGUAUGAGUUUGGUAUCUGGUGUAUAUCAACGGCCCAUGAACUCACCCGGGGGUAAGGCCAAGCAUCCCCAUCUCUCAAGUCGAGUUGGCUUCAAACGCCUUGGAGCGAAUGUCCCUGGAAGCAGCCACGUCACAAGAUGCCCCCGCCGACGCCAGACCGCGCCAUCCACGAUUGCACCUUCGUCAUCCUCCCGCUGGCCACGGCCUUCGUUCUCAUCAUCUUCACCGUCAUCGCCCUCGUCUACAGCAUCGGCGUCAAGGCGCCCAUCCCCGAGAACCUGGCCAUCUCCUUCGCCGGUGUCGUCUGCGCUCUCUUGGGGCUCUGGAUGGUCGGGCACCUGGUCCGCUACUGCCGGGGCCACACCCGGUGCGUUGCCGAGGGCGUGACGCCCCCUCCGCUGCCGCUGACGGGCAUCGCCACGACGGUGACGGCGCCGUUGGUGCCGCAGGUCGGGGGCCAUUCUAUAGUGUUACCGAUCAGUUACCAGCAGCAGAAUCAACCGACUGAGACUCAGCCAGGCCAGCAGAGCCAGCAGAGUCAGUAUGCCACGCGGAACCAGCAUCAGCAGCGUCAGGAGCAUCAACGGGAAUACCGUCACCAACAGCAGCAGCAGCAUCAUCAUCAUCAACACCAGCAACCUCCGCAAGAACCUCCCACGCUGUCUCAUAUACGGCCACAGCCGCCCCCGCAGAGCCGGUUUCAACAUGAAGAACAGCCGCAACGAGAACAACAACAGCCGCAGCAAUAUUCCUCUCAUCAGCAACGAGAGCAACGGCCGCCUGCCCCUCUCAAAUUCAGGCCUCUAGCCGAUCUCGGGGAUGCGGCUCCCCAUCGAGUGCCAACCGCUUUGGUGCCCGGACAGAGACGGAGGCAGCCACCACCAGAACCUAAGCCGAAAACAGACCAAGUGAGCCCCUCAAUACAGCGUCAAUCUAGCGUUCAGCGGACCCCCGUCGAGUCAUAUACUGGUCAGCGAAGCCACAGCUUCGACGGGCCACGCCCACUACACCGCGAGGGUCGGCAGGUCUCGAGAGAGACCCAUCAGACGACAGUCGCCGGAGACGGGCCGUCUGGUAGGACCGCCGAACCGGCCGACAGAGUCCGGUGCUCUCCGGAAACCCAGAGCCGCCAGGGUGGCAUCGGGCAAGAGCCGCGUUCCGCCUCGAUCAGGUCGACUAGUUUGGACUCCGGUACCCGGCAAUCCGUGCAUGUGAGAACCUCCCAACUGCCGGCGACAACGCCGUCCGGGUCGGCGUGGGCUAAUCUUGGCCAGCCCGCUGGUCUGACAGUUGCCCCUUUGAGGAUCCAGAAAGCAGCCGACCAGAGCCCGGCACCCGCUAGGGAGGGGCCAUUUUCCCCAGCCUGGGCCACAUCGGGUCGUUACCUGCCCAGUGGCCAGCAGACCAGCCACUCCAUACCAAACUUGCAUGGCCCAAGGCCGCAACCCCAAAGGAAUCGCGGAGCCGCCCACGGACCCCAUGGUGUUCGUGUGGUACCCGAAUCGCCUCCCACGAACAACGCCUCUACCGCUGCCGCGCAGCCCAGCGAGGCCGAGGUGCGUCAUGAAACUCUCGCCGUUCCUGAUCCCUUGCCUCGUCCGUCUUCCGGCGCACUGAGGUUCGAGGAUAUAGACCACCCCGGGGUGCAGCAGGCAGGGCAGAAAAGAGGCUUUCUCCAAAAUAUGACUGGCAUGACUUUCAAGUUCCCCUCGAUCGAGAAACUGAGCACCAAUCCCGUCGUCAACCUCGUGAUCGUACCGAGGUACAUCCUCGCGAACAGCCAGUUGGUGGAUCUCGAGAGUGGGAACGCUAGAGUCUUUGGAGUCCUUCUGAAAGAGACGAACUGCGAAGAGCCACCGAAGCCUCGUGAUGAAUCUCAGUACAAGCGCGACAGUGGCAUCGUCGUUGAGGACUCUAGCGAGGCAAGACGGAGCAGCACGUCGUCUCGUUGGAGUUCCUUGAACAGCGGAGUGGAGAUUUCUCCAAGGUCCAGCUGGUCAGAGUGAUCAUGGAAAGGAAGAUGGGCAAUGAAACAGAUCCUGGGAUUCGAAUAAUAAAAUGCAACUUCGUCAACAAUACAUUUCCCCUCUGUUGUGUGCCCAACUCCGAGGCUGGGUUGGCGGAAC